CAGACCCCCACCGAUCAUGACGCCCUUUUAACGGAUUCAAGUGACAGCACAGAAUGGUGGUAACUGGAAACUCAACAUUGCUUGCUCGGACGGUAAACAAAAGGCAUGGUUUAAUGUGUACGCCGAUCCCUAUCCUUUGGGAGACGAUGUAACAUCUCACGUUUGUAUGCGUGACGAAGAAAAGAUGGGAUUCAUCAGGGUUUGUUUGCAACGCGUACGACGAAAAAUGAAAUUGGACCUCCUCAGAGAUUUGUGUCGACAGUAUCCCGUAUUCUGCUUCCUACUACUCGUCCUGCUACUGUCCACUGUGCUGUUAAACAGGUACAUUCAUAUCAUCAUGGUGGUCUGGUCCUUUCUUGCUGGUGUGGUUACAUUCUACUGCUCCCUGGGGCCGGAGUCUCUGCUGCCAAACAUCCUGGUCAACAUCAAGCCAAAGAUCAAGUCCUACCAGCAGGAGUUGUUUCCGCUUGGCCACAGUUGUGCCGUUUGUGGCAAGAUCAGGUGCAAAAGACACAGACCUACUUUAUUACUGGAAAAUUAUCAACCAUGGCUUGACUUGAAAGUUUCCUCUAAGGUGGAUGCUUCUCUUUCCGAGAUUCUGGAGCUGGUUCUUGAAAACUUUGUGUAUCCUUGGUAUAGGGAUGUCACAGAUGAUGAGGCAUUUGUUGAUGAGCUGAGGGUGACUUUACGUUUUUUUGCUGCCGUGUUGGUCCGCCGGAUCCAGAAGAUUGACGUGGCAUCCCUCAUCACACGAAAGCUUCUGAAAGCUUCCAUGAAGCACAUUGAAAUUAUUGCUAAAGCUCGGCAGAGAGUAAAGAGCGCUGAGUAUCUUCAACAAGCUGCCCUGGAGGAGUAUGGUCCUGACCUUCAUGUAGCCCUCCGCGGUCGCAGAGAUGAGCUUCUCUACUUGAGGAAGAUGACUGAGAUGCUUUUUCCGUACAUCUUGCCACCUAAAGCGACUGACUGCAGAUCUCUCACUCUGCUGAUAAGAGAAGUUCUGGCUGGUUCGGUCUUUCUUCCAUCAAUGGACUUCUUGGCUGACCCCGACACAGUAAAUCAUUUGCUUCUUCACUUCAUCGACAAUUCUCCGCCCGAAGAAGCCACAGAGCCAAGUUCAAUGCCGGUUCCUUUCCUUCAAAAAUACUCUGAUCCCCGUAGCAGAAAGCCUUCGGUUCUAAAGCUUGAGUUAAAAGAAAUCCGAGAGCAGCAAGACCUACUCUUCCGCUUCAUGAACUUUUUGAAGCAAGAGGGAGCUGUUCACGUGCUCCAGUUCUGCCUUGCAGUCGAGGAGUUCAACGACAGGAUACUGUGCCCAGAGCUGCUCGACUCUGAGAAAAUUAUGCUCCACGAGGAGGUGAAGAAGAUCUACGAGACCUACUGUUUAGACGAGAGUGUCGACAAGAUCCGCUUCGAUCCCUUCAUUGUGGAGGAGAUACGCAACAUUGCCGAAGGCCCGUACGAGGAGGUGGUGAAACUUCAGACAAUGAGAUGCUUGUUUGAAGCAUACGAGCAUGUCCUCUUUCUCCUGGAGAACGUUUUCACGCCCAUGUUCUGCCACAGUGAUGAGUACUUUCGCCAGCUUCUGAGGGGAGCUGAGUCCCCUGCCAGGAAUUCUAAAAUGAGCAGAAAUAGCAUCAGUAUGGAUGACAUCCGUUCCUGGGACUGGAGCCCCAAGUCCCCGUCCUCACAGUUCACCGCCUCUGGCAGCUCUUCACCUGCAUCUUUUAACUCCCUCCAUGCCCAGCCCACGUUUACAACUUUUCCAUACGGCUCGCUAUCCCACCGCCACUCCUUAUCACCCAAGAACACGUCAAAGAGAGGAGAGUCCUUUGGGAUCAGCCGCAUUGGCAGCAAGAUCAAGGGUGUUUUCAAGAGCACAACCAUGGAGGGAGCCAUGCUGCCAGCCUGUGGUCUUGUCGAGGGAGAGGACGAUUUGGUGGAGGAAGCCAUGAUGGUGCUGGAGGAUGACUCCCCCAUAGAAGCGGCCUCCACCCCCAGCACUCCACGGAAUCUCUCCGCCUGGAGCAUCACCAUCCCUUAUAUUGAUUUCUAUGAUGAUGAUGUGAAGAGGGAGAGGGUUCCGGUGUUCUGCAUUGAUGUGGAGCGGAAUGACCGCAAAGCGGUGGGUCACGAGACUGAGCACUGGUCUGUAUACAGGAGAUAUCUGGAAUUCUAUGUUCUUGAGUCAAAGCUAACCGAAUUCCACGGUUCAUUUCCUGACGCACAGUUGCCUUCCAAGAGAAUCAUUGGCCCCAAAAAUUACGAGUUUCUCACAUCCAAGAGAGAGGAGUUUCAAGAAUAUCUUCAGAAACUCCUCCAGCACCCUGAGCUGAGCAACAGCCAACUUCUUGCUGACUUCCUGUCUCCGCACAGCAUGGAGUCUCAGUUCUUGGACAAAAUGUUGCCUGAUGUGAACCUCGGGAAAAUCAUUAAGUCCGUCCCCAGCAAACUGAUAAAAGAGAAAGGACAGCAUCUCGAGCCGUUCAUCCAGUCCUAUUUCAACUCUUGUGAGUCACCCAAACCCAAACCCAGCCGCCCUGAGCUCACCAUCCUGAGCCCCACUUCAGAAAAUGAUAAAAAGCUCUUCAAUGACCUCUUCAAAAACAAUGCCAACCGGUCCGAUGUGGUAGAAAAGAGACACAACCAGAACUACUUCAUGGAAAUCCUCACUGUGGAAGGGGUGUACGACUAUUUAAUGUAUGUCGGCCGAGUUGUCUUUCACAUUCCUGACUGGUUGCACCACCUGUUGAUGGGUGGAAGGAUCCUGUUCAAGAACACACUUGAGGCCUAUACUGAUUACUACCUUCAACAAAAGCUGAACCAGGUCGUGGAAGAGCACCGCCUCAUCUCACUCAUCACCCUGCUGAGAGAUGCUGUUUUUUGUGAGAGCAGUCCACCUCGCUCAGCUCAAGAUAAGCAGAGGAGAGCAAAAAGGACAUUUUCCGAGAUGAUGAGAUACAUUCCCGACCUUCUGGGGAAAUGUAUCGGCGAAGAGGCUAAGUAUGAAGGCGUAUGUCUCCUCUUUGAUGGGCUGCAGCAGCCAGUUGUCAACAAGCAGCUGACCUAUGUACUUCUGGAUAUUGCUAUUCAGGAACUUUUUCCAGAGCUGAACAAGCAGGUGCAGAAGGAGUCUUCAAUCAAUGCUCCCUGGAUGUGAAUUGUUACCACUGACCAAAAAAAUUCCAACAACACUACAACAAUUCCAAGCACGUUUAAAGCACUUUUGAUGUCUUCAGCGACCUUUGUAGGUGAUUUCUCUGCUGUAAUGUAUACUGUACUUUAAUUUGUAAAAUAAAAUAACAGUGCUGCACUGGCAAUUCAGAAA